AAGAUGUCAUCAUAAUUAUCCUCCUUUCCCUAGUAGCUACCUGGGUAGGCCAUGUGGUUGGAUGAGUCUUGCUUGCUGCUGCUUUUUAACGGCCUGUCUUGGAUCAAGGGAUUUGUCUGUCCCUUAGUGGUUCCUGAUUAUCUUUCACCACUAGCAUCUACUAAAGUCAGGCUUCAUGGGUCUCACAAGUUGAAAGAUUCUCUGCUUUGGCUUAGUGCCUCAUACCCUGGAACAACCCUGAGGUAUGUGAGUGUUCGCUGUAGCCACACUUUGCAAAUUGCCACCUUUUAACCUAUGAAGUGAACCUUGUGAGAAAGAGAGGAAUCUGAGUGGCUGAUGGAAACUUUUGAUAUUUAGAUGUCUUCUCUUUCAAAGUAAAGUAGGAAACCUACAGUUAGAAGGUAAAAGGGCCCAGAAAUCUGUAACUGGUUUUUGUCUAUUGACAUUCACAUCUGGUAUCUGACAGCUGCACAAGAGUUCCCACUCAGCUGCUGGCUACCAGUAGGCAACAGCUUUCCCAACCCAAGUUUCUUGGAAACUGAGGUCAGUGACCAUAAGGCGAAAGGCAAGUUCAGAAUUAGAUAACAUGUACAGCACUUACUUUCAGACCAAUCCCGCAUCCAUUCUCAAUUAAAACAAAUGGUCUGUAAACAGGAGCUAUGCAUUAGUUUAAUGGACAAAGGAGUAAGGGAUCUGCCAGAAAUUGUAAAGAGACACUGCUCUCAAAAGUCAUUAUCCCUCCAGAAAUGCGCCUGAGCUUUAUUUGCGGCAUGACUUAAUUAUUUGACAAUUAUUUACUGUAGUGAAAUAUAGCUGCCCAGUGGGAAACCUGUAAAAUAUGCCUCAGAUAGCUACAAAUGUGGGUUUUCUUGGUUUGGGUGCCAUAUCUAUUGCGUAUACUUCAUCUUAGCUGAGAAAUACUCAAACCUGAGUUUCCCUUCAUGAGCCAAAUAUUGAUAUCAAUAUUUCUUGCACAAGAGAAUUCCCUAUAGGUUGUAAGGAGUACGUAAUUGGGCCUUCCAUUGAGAUGCAGUAUUUUUCAACUUGCUUGUAUCAUAAGAGGAUAUAAUCACGUAGCUCUGCUCCCUUAUGCAUUGGGCAAUACAUCAGCAUGCAAAUUUGGCUGGUGAUUACAAUAGUCAAGAAAAUAGAGGCAGAGGGAUCAGAAUUCUGGUGGGAAUUUCAAUGUGAUUAUCACAGCUGAAAAGUUUUUGUUUUGUUUUUUGGUUUUUUGUUUUGGUUUUUGUUUUAGUUUAGAUUUCAAUAAAGAGGAAUAAAAGGUACUUUUAUUGGACCUAAUACAAGAAGGCAGAAAACUUGAACUACUUCCAAGACUCCCCCAAAACUCUCUUCCUGACCAAGGCUUCUGGGAAAACUUAUAAGGAAGUUCGGAGUCUGUUUUGUGAAACAUUGCUGCUGUGAAUGAUCCAUUCAGAGAAACGAGGAGAAUCUCCUAGAAGGAAGGAGAAGAUGGAGAUGCUUGCAGUACAUGGCCAGGAAACCGUGUUACAAGAAUUGAGUCUGUUCUGUAAAAGAGAUGUCAAUGGAGUUGGAGUGUUAUACGACCUGCUCAGAUCUCCCUGGCUGCAAGCUCUCCUAAAGGUUUAUGAAUGCCUCCAUCAAUCUAUCAGAAAAAAACCAGUCCCAGUCACACCCCAAGCACGUGUACUGUCUCGUGAGGUGGUGGAGUUGUUGCGUGGAGUCCCUCAAUCUACAGAGAUCAGAGAGCUGAGACGUCUUCUGCGAAAUCCAAACUUGAAGGCCUUACUAUCAGCUCAUGAUACUGUGGCCCAGAAAGAUUUUGAACCAAUCCUUCCCCCUCUACCAGAUAACAUCCCUGAAAAUGAAGAAGCCAUGAGGAUUGUCUGCUUAGUGAAGAACAAGCAGCCCCUGGGUGCCACCAUUAAACGCCAUGAGAUAACGGGUGACAUUGUGGUUGCCAGGGUGAUCCAUGGUGGGCUAGCAGACAGAAGUGGGUUGUUGUAUGCUGGAGACAAGCUGGUAGAGGUGAAUGGAGUUCCAGUGGAGGGACUAGAGCCAGAGCAAGUUAUCCACAUUCUGUCUCUGUCCCAGGGAACAAUUAUGUUCAAACUGAUUCCAGUUUCUGAUCGGCCAGUCAGCAACCAAACAACACUCUAUGUGAGAGCAAUGGCAGAUUACUGGCCCCUGCAGGACCCUGCCAUACCUUGUGCUGAUGCAGGCUUGCCCUUUAAAAAGGGUGAAAUCCUUCAGAUUGUUGACCAGAAUGAUGUCCUCUGGUGGCAGGCCAGGCAAGUCUCAGACCUGAGUGCCUGUGCUGGGCUGAUACCUUCAAACCAUCUUCUGAAGAGGAAGCAGCGAGAAUUCUGGUGGUCUCAGCCCUUCCAGCCCCAUGUCUGUCUCAAAUCAACAAUAUUGAGUACUGUGGAAGAAGAGGAGGACAUGCAGAUUGAUGAGAAGUGCGUAGAAACAGAUGAAGAAACAUUUGAGUCUGAGGAGCUUAAAGAAGAAGAGGAGGAGUUCAGUGGAUCUGGCCAACGGGUCUUUAUUGCUGGUUUCCGUAGAAGCAUGCGUCUCUGCCGCAGGAAAUCCCAGAACACCCAGCAGCCCUGUUAUGCACGGUGUCCCAGCAGCUGUUGCAGCGCAGCAGCAGCCCCUUAUGAGGAGGUGGUGAGAUACCAGCGACAUCCCACAGAUCGAAACCGACUAAUUGUGCUAGUGGGUCCUUCAGGGGUUGGCGUGAAUGAGCUAAGGCGGCGGCUUAUUGGAAUGAACCCUCAUCAUUUUCAAAGUGCUGUACCCCACACCACUCGUGCUCAGAAAAGCUAUGAAGAGAAUGGUCGUGAGUAUCACUAUGUAUCAAAGGAAACAUUUGAAAACAUGGUAUAUAGUCACAGAAUGCUGGAGCAUGGGGAAUACAAGGGACACCUAUAUGGCACCAGUGUUGAUGCUGUGCGAACAGUUCUUGAUGAAGGGAAGAUCUGUAUAGUGGAUUUGGAACCACAGGGUAUCCAAAUGGCUCGGACACACGAUCUAAAAGCCUAUAUUAUAUUCAUCAAGCCACCUAGUAUGAGCUGCAUGAGACAGUCUCGGAAAAACGCCAGGGUCAUUACAGACUAUUAUGUGAACAUGAAAUUCAAGGAGGAAGACUUGCAGGAGAUGGAGGACUGUGCUAAGAAAAUGGAAGCUCAGUUUGGUCAAUUCUUUGAUCAAGUGAUUGUAAAUGACAACUUACAAGAGGCCUGUGUGCAGCUGCUGUCUGCAGUCCAUCAGGCACAGGAUGAUCCCCAGUGGGUCCCUGCUACAUGGAUUUGUUCAGACACUCAGCCAUAAUUCUGAGAAGCAGGCAGCUUCACAAAGAUUAUAUCUUAUGUUUUACCUCCAGAAUAAUCCUGUCAGGAUUGUAAGAAUAUAUCUUUGUGUGGAGAGAGUUUGGAGGGGGAUUAGGAAAAAAGCUAUAAUAAGAUAAUCAUACUGUCUUCACUGUAGUUCUUACUGCAACAUGUGAUGCUUAACAUCAAUUUUGUACCAAAAAAGUGCUGUAGUAUCUCAGAAUUACAAAAAUAAAAGAUCUGUUUUCUUGCA